AUGGCAGAGAAUGAGUCACAGUGGCCGCUAGAUCCACCUGAUCCGAUGACAAGGGUGAUUGAGAUGCUUCAACAGCUCUCUACUGGACAGAAGAUCAUAAGUGCGAGGUUGCAAUCACUUGAGAAUCAAAGGACUACUCCAAUACAAGGUAGCAAUGUACCAUUCGAAAGGGAGGACAGGUAUCAACUACAAUCUGCUGUGCAUCGUCAACAUAGGAGAAGUGCUGAAAGGGCACAACAAAGAACCCCUACAGCACCACCUACCUUCGAGGAGCAUAUAAGAUCUUAUUUCAAUGGUGAUCUUGAAGCACCUUGUCGACGUGCUGAUGAAUCACAGAAGGUCAAGCUUGAAUUAAAGGAGUUCAGCGACAAGCAUGAUUCCCAGGUAUUUUUUGAUUGGUUGGUUACUUUAGAUAACUACUUUGACCGGUUUGAAUUAUCUGAGUCGCACAAAAUGAGCCUAGUGCGUACUAAGCUAGUUGGGUCAGCCCGCGAGUGGUGGAGAACCAAAGAAAGGGAUCUAAAAGAUCAUGGUAGAUCUCCCAUUACUUGGGAAGAAAUGAAGUACGAGUUGGCGGGCAUGUGCCUAUCCAAACAUGAACGAAGAAUGUACUUCCCUCCACCCGAGUCCCCUUUAAAGUCUUCUUUAGAUUUCCAAAAACCACCCACUGGUGACAAGAGCAUGAAAGAAUUAACAGACCACAUGGCCAUUCUUGUACAAUAUGCAAAGGAGCAACAUGAGAAGACACCUCCCAUCACCGAACCAAAGUCAGAAGUUGAGGUUAGUGUGGAAGAAAUUCCAGCAAUUUCUACUGGCAAAGACGGGUUAGACAAUGAUGAUCCCAUCACUAAGACUCAUGUGGAAGAAAUCGACAUUGAAGACAUUGUUCUUGAAAAGUUGGAGCUUAUGCCUCAAGUCUUUGCCAAGGAGAUUACCAAUGUUGAGGACUCUAUAAAUUCAACAUUUACAACCUAUAUUGAUUCAGAGGAUGAUCAUGUAGAGUUCAUUAUGCCACCAUGGUUCUUUGAAGAGAGAACUCCACACGUUGAAGACUUUAUCCCCAAUGUUCCUACAUCACCCGAGUUUUGUUUGGGAAUGGUGCUUGCAGCAAAGACUGUUUUUGGUGUUUCCAUGACUUUGGAUAACCAAAAGGAGUUAGAAGCCAAUCUAAUAUUUUUUCUGGUAUUUCAAAAUUUAAACACCCAGUCAGUGGAAUGGAAUGAUGAGGCAAGUGAAGAACAAAUUGGAACUGAAUUCCUUCCUGCCGUGAGUGGUGAUGUCUGUGCACAAGGUUCUGAACAGAAAGAGGAAAAUGCUGUUGGUGUUACUGAAGAAAAUGAAUGGGACAGACUUUUGCGUUUGAGGUGGGAAAAGUAUCAAGUUGAGGAGGAAGCAUCUCUUGGUAGAGGAAAGCGCUUAAGGAAAGCAGUUUCUUAUAGGGAAGCCUUUGCUUUGCAUCCUAAUGAAACCAUGAGUGAGAGUGGUAAUGAAGAGGAACAGGAGCCAGAACCGGAAUAUACACCUGCUGGUCGAGCUCUAAAAAUGAAGUUUGCCAAGCUCCGUGCUAGACAAAAGGAAAGGCUUGCUCAGAGAAAUAUCACUGAUGGAUCUCAUCAUAUAGAGGGUGAGCUUCGGCCUGAGUCACUUCCCCCAUUCCCUGCCACUAAUGCCGAGGGAGGGGAGCAAUUAGUAGAUCCUGCCAGCAAACGAGCUUUAGCCAUCGAUUUGGAGAAUGACAAAUUUGAUCAGUCAUCAGAUGCAUCCAAGAACAAGAAUGACUCAACUCUGAGGUUAGGCAGGCCUCCAAAACCUGUUCAUGGAAGUGUCUUGGGCAGUCUGGACCUUUCCGUCAGGCCCCCUGAUCCUCUUUCAUCUGAUGUCUUCCUCCAUAGCCCCCACUUGCAGAGCACAAGUUACAGCAAUUCAGUGCCUACCAGCAACCUGUUACCAGUUCUGGGACUUUGUGCUCCCAAUGCUAAUCAACUAGAUUCAAUACAUAGUAACCUUCACUCUUACUCCCUCCCAAAAUCCAACUGUGGCCAAAGCAGUGUAAGCUUGGGGUUUCCAGAAUUUCCUUUCCAUCUAGCCCCUGGUGCUGGAACAUCAAUUAAAACGGACAUAAAGGGCCGAGAGAGUGUUGCAGUUGCAUAUUCACUGCCAGAUUCAUGCUCAGAUAUCUCCCAGUGCCGGGCCAAGAGUACCAUCCCAGAAUACUUUCCAUUUAAUCCGUAUCCUCCUGUAAGCACACAAGGAAGAGGCCCUGAUCCUGUCAGUAUUUCAGAUCCGUCUUUCUCUGCCUUCCAAGAAAAGAUGGCGCUGCCAAACUUGGCUGUAAAUGAGAACCGGCUACCCAAAUUCUCACUCCCAGCUAAGAAUGUGGCAAGGUCCCAUCCUGACUAUUUGCCUAACUUGUCACUGGGCAUGAGAAAUGAAGCUCUAAACGACUCAUUGCAAGAUCUCCCUGCAAUGCCCUUGUUGCCAAAUUUGAGAUUGCCACCAGAAGAUCCGAAAUAUAAUCCACUGUUGAGAGAAGUGCCUCCCUCACUGGGUCUAGGUCAGGUGCAGCCCUUGUAUUCCUCCUUACCGGAGAAUCACAAGAAGGUACUUGAUAACAUAAUGAUGAGAACAGGAUCCGGAUCGAAUAACUUGUUCAAAAAGAGAGUAAAGAUAGAUACCUGGUCUGAAGAUGAACUUGAUGCCCUCUGGAUUGGUGUUCGUCGGUAUGGGCGGGGUAACUGGGAAGCCAUGCUCAGAGAUUCCAAGCUAAAGUUUUCUAAAUCCAGAACAUAUGAAGAUUUGUCAGUGAAGUGGGAGGAGGAACAGCAUAAGAUCUUUGAUGGAGCAGCAUUGCCAGUGUCAAAGUCGGGGAAAGCACCCAAAUCUACCUCAUUUCCUGGCAUCUCUGAUGGUAUGAUGAUGCGGGCAUUGCAUGGAAGUAGACUUUCUAGUCUUGGGACAGACCACUGCCCGCCUACUAAAUUUCGAACUCAUAUGACAGAUAUGCAAUUGAGUUAUGGGGAUCUAACAUCCACCUUGCCACAUGUUGAUCGAUUUGAACAAUUUGGUGCUCCAAAUGAGCGCAAUGCACUUAUUCCACCUUGGAAAUCUGAUAAAUUUCGGCCAGAUUUCAUGGGAGAUUUUCCUGCUGGGCCCUCGGAUAGACCUGGGACUUCGAACUUAAAUUCGGAGCUUCCAUUUAUGCUUAAUUCUUUUGCAAACAGUAGUUUGAGCGCUCUUGCUGCGAAUUGUUCAAGCAGCUGCGAGUUCAAGCAAAAGGAGGAUGAACCGGGUGCAAAUAAGCAUGCCAAAUUGCCAAGUCUUUUGGAUAGAUCACUUAAUUUGUUGCGGGAUUCUCAUAACAGCAUGCGUGCUGGUGAAUCCACUAGCACUGGGGUGCUGCCUGAGCCCAAUAAGCAGCUCAGUAGCUCUUCUGCUGCAAAGGAUGACACAGCUGGAGCUAGUUCUAUGACAAGCAAGCUUCCUCAUUGGCUCCGGGAAGCUGUCAAUGUUCCUGCAAGGCCACCAGAACCUGAUCUGCCCCCAACUGUUUCGGCAAUAGCUCAUUCUGUACGCUUACUUUAUGGCGAAGAGAAGCUGACAAUUCCACCAUUUACUGUUCCGGGUCCUCCCCCGUCCCAGCCUAGGGAUCCUAGGAAGAGUCUGAAAAAAGAGAAACGUAGGUUGCGAAAGCUCAAGCGGAUGCCACCAGACAUUGCUGAAUCCAGCAAAAACUUUCAGACCAGCUUGUUCGGUGACAAUGUUGCUUCAAGCUCCAUUCCUCUGGUACCAUCAUUACAGCCAACAUCCGUGGGCACAUCAGGGUUUUCUGGGAGUGAACCUGAUCUCAACUUGCCGCCAUUGAAUUUAAAUCUGAUGAGUUCUCCACCAUCAUCAUCCUAUAUAAACUACUGCAAGAAGAUUGGCACAGGAUUAUCCCCCUCUCCUGAAGUGCUUCACUUGGUAGCGUCUUGUGUGGCUCCAGGCCCACAGUUAUCACCAGUACCAGGAAUGGAGAGAUGUAGCUUCCUCAGGAGUGAGAAGCCUUUGCCAAAGGUUCCUGAUGCAGUUGGCGAGGGUGGAAGCUCCGAAUUGAAAAGUGUACAUGAAAAACCAAAGGCUAUGCAGAGCAUAUUAUUCCCUCCUUGGAGUGAGGUUUCCAAGGAUGUAACUGACAGGACUGAAAGUGGUGACUCCAGCAAGACUCACUCAGAUCCUUGUAAUAUCAACCGACCUGAAGAGGAAAUAUCAUCCGAGGAAACUGUGUCAGAUGACCAUGGGAGUGAACAUGAACCAUAGCCAUUUUUCCCUCCAUAACUUUGUAGCUUCAGAGCAUUCCGGCAGCAAUGAUUCUUUGUAAGAAAGAUUUAUUAGAGUGUUUACUAGCAUCAGAGGGAUCAAUUAGGUUAUUUACUGUGUAAAGUUUCUUCAAGAGAAAAGAAAUUUAUAUAUAUAUAUAUAUAUAUAUAUAGAUGUCCUGUUCUCAUUUUGCAUCUCA